AUCGGUAUCUGCCCAUUGUUGGGUUCGGUCUGAAAACCCUAUUCGUCUUCGAAUCACUUCCUCGUUACUGCAAUGGAGUUCUGGGGCGUUGAGGUCAAGGCUGGGGCACCUGUUGAAGUAGAUCCAGAUGACUUUGAUAAAUGCAUACACCUGUCUCAGGCUGCUCUUGGUGAGGCAAAGAAUAAAGCAAGUGAACCUGUGAUCCUUUAUCUGAAGUUUGGUGACCAGAAGCUUGUUUUAGGAACCCUUUCCCAGGAGAAAUUCCCUCAACUAUCUUUUGAUUUGGUUCUAGAGAAAAAGUUUGAGCUCUCUCACAAUUGGAAACAUGGAAGUGUUUAUUUCUGUGGUUACAAAGCGGAAUUACCAGGGGAGAUCGAUGAGGACUUCACUGACAGCGAGGAUGAUGAGGAUAUCCCGGUGAUGACCAGAGAUAAUGCAAAACCUGAUAUAAAGCCUGAAGUAGCAAAGGCUGCCGCAUCUAAAAGUAAUGAUGUCAAGCUUGCUGAUUCAAAGAAGCAAGUGAAGGUUGUGGAUCCAAAGAAAGAUGAAGAUGAAUCUGAAGAUGAUGAGGAUGAUGAAUCAGAUGACGAGGUUGAUGAUGACAGUUCUGAUGAGGAAAUGGUUGGCGGCCUUGUUGAUGGUGGUGAUGAUGAGAGUGAUGAAGAUGAUGAUGAAACCCCUCCUAAGAAGGCUGAUCAGGCUAAGAAGAGACCUAACGACUCUGCAAUGAAAACUCCUGUCCCUGCCAAGAAAGCGAAAUCUGCUACCCCUCAAAAGACUGAUGGUAAGAAGGGUGGCCAUGUAGCCACUCCUCAUCCUCUGAAGAAGGAAGGAAAGACUCCAAAAAGUGACCAAACUCCCAAAUCCGGUGGACAGUUUGCCUGCAAAUCUUGUAGCAAGACUUUUACCUCAGAAGGGGGUCUGCAACAACAUUCGAAGGCUAAGCAUGGGGGUCAGUGAUACUAAGUACUAGCAUCUACAAGUUAUAUUUUGUUUAUUAGGAAUUAGGUAUUACCAUGAGUGCGGUGAGGACAUUAGGUUGUUAUCCUUGCUAUUUUGGUCUCAUAGUAAACAUUGGCAUUGGUGUGCAUGAGGUGUCUAAACUUGUUUGACUGUUGGUUGACAUUACUGAGCUCCUAAAUGUUUGUGUUUAUAAAACUUCAAUUUAAAUCA